AUCAGCUGUGUCCAAUCACAGCUGAUUACAUGGGACAUGUACACUGAUCAUCAGGGCACUGAUGAUCAGUGUGGCCCCAGAAGUGCCACCUGUCAGUGCUCAUCAGUGCCAGGUGCCAGUGCCCAUCAGUGCCACGUGCCAGUGCCCAUAAGGCCACAUAUUAGUGCAUACCAGUGCACAUCAAUGCCACAUAUUAGUGCCCAUCUGAGCUGCCUUUUCAAUGUCACCCAUCAGUGCCAGUCAGUGCCACCUAUCAAUGCCAAUCAGUGCCACCUAUCAGUGCUGCCAAUCAGUGCCACCUGUCAGUGCCAGUCAGUGUCUCCUAUCAGUGCGCAUCAGUGC